AUGGCCGCCGGCGAGGUGCCAGCGCCCGCAAAGAAGCGCAGGAUUGGUGUUUUGACCAGUGGAGGUGACUCACCUGGUAUGAAUGGAGCUGUCCGGGCAGUGGUGCGCAUGUCGAUUCACAUGGGCUGCGAGUCGUAUGCAAUCUACGAAGGAUACGACGGGUUGGUGAAGGGCGGUGAGCUGAUCAAAGAGAUGAAGUGGGAAGACGUCAGAGGCUACCUGUCUCGGGGCGGUACCUUGAUUGGUACAGCACGGUGUAUGCCUUUCAUGGAGCGGUGGGGAAGGCUGAGAGCAGCCAAAAAUAUGGUUCUCCGUGGCAUCGACGCCUUGGUCAUCUGUGGUGGUGAUGGUAGCUUGACUGGUGCUGACAAGUUCAGAGCAGAGUGGCCAAGCUUGAUCAAAGAGCUGGUCGACACGGGAGAGCUGACACAAGAAGAGGUCGAGCCCUACAAGCAUCUGAAUAUCGUCGGCCUGGUCGGCUCAAUUGACAACGACAUGUCUGGCACCGACGCCACAAUUGGCUGUUAUUCCUCCCUCGAACGAAUCUGUAGUGCUGUAGACGACGUCUUCGACACUGCAGCUUCCCAUCAACGAGGCUUCGUCGUUGAAGUUAUGGGCCGUCACUGCGGUUGGCUGGCUUUGAUGGCGUCCAUAGCCACCGGUGCCGACUAUGUCUUCAUUCCUGAGAAACCACCACGAGUCGGAUGGGAAGACCAGAUGUGCAAUGUCAUCACUACUCACCGGUCGAGAGGCAAGAGGAGGUCCAUCGUUAUCAUAUCCGAGGGUGCUCAUGACCGAGAGCUGAACAAAAUCACGGCGAACCACGUCAAGGACCUUCUGACCAAGAAGCUGAAGCUCGACACACGAGUUACAGUAUUGGGCCACACACAAAGGGGUGGACAGGCAUGUUUCUACGAUCGCUGGCUGUCUACAUUACAAGGUGUGGAAGCUGUGAAGGCGGUCUUGGAAGCUACUCCUGAAACACCUAGUCCUGUCAUCACCAUUCGAGAAAACAAGAUCGAGCGGUCCAAUCUGAUGGAGACUGUGGCAUUGACCAAGUCGGUCGGCGCCGCUAUUGAAGAGAAGAACUUUGACAAGGCAAUGCAGUUGCGCGAUAUUGAGUUCAAAGAGUACUACAACAGCUAUGUCAUCACCACCUCAACCGAUCAUCCUGCGUUGAGACUUCCGGAAGGAAAAAGGUUGCGGAUCGCCAUCAUCCAUGUCGGGGCUCCUGCGGGUGGUAUGAAUCCAGCCACCCGAGCUGCGGUGGCCUACUGCUUGACACGAGGCCAUACUCCGAUCGCCAUCCACAACGGUUUCCCAGGUCUGCAGCGGCACCACGAUGACAAGCCACUUGGGUCUGUUCGGGAGUGCAAGUGGAUUGACGUGGAUCCAUGGGUAAAUGAGGGUGGUUCUGAGAUUGGAACAAAUCGUGGCUUGCCUAGUGCGGACAUGAAGAAGACUGCCGAGUGCUUUGAGUUGUACAGGUUUGACGCUCUGUUCCUGAUCGGUGGGUUCGAAGCCUUUACCGCAGCGAGUGAGCUGAGAAAGGCACGACCACAGUACGACGCUUUCAAAAUUCCGUUGAUCGUCCUACCGGCCACCGUCUCCAACAACGUCCCGGGCACGGAGUACUCCAUCGGCAGUGAUACCUGUCUCAAUACCUUGAUCCAGUUCUGCGAUGCCAUCAGACAGUCAGCUUCAUCAUCGCGAAGACGAGUCUUCGUCAUUGAAACGCAGGGCGGUCGGUCUGGAUACCUCGCUACGAUGGCGGGUCUUUCGGUCGGUGCACUGGCGGUGUAUAUUCCUGAAGAGGGCAUCAACAUUCACAUGAUCGCCAGAGACAUUGAGUUUCUACGCGAAAACUUCAAGAACGACCAGGGCGCCUCAAGAGCUGGCAAGAUUAUCCUUCGUAAUGAGAGAGCCAGCUCGACAUACACGACACAGGUAAUUGCAGACAUGAUUCGGGAAGAAGCUCGCGGCCGGUUCGAGUCGCGUGCGGCCGUCCCUGGUCACUAUCAACAAGGAGGCAAGCCUUCGCCUAUGGAUCGAAUCCGAGCACUCCGAAUGGCAAUCAAGUGUAUGCAGCACAUUGAAGAACGAUUUACCGGCAAGGACAAGGAAUGGAUUGCUGCCGAUCCGCUCUCGGUGGCCGUCAUUGGCGUUCAAGGCUCCGAAGUUGUCUUCACGCCCAUGGGUGGCGAGACAGGGCUGGAAGCGACCGGUACCGACUGGGAAGACCGAAGGCCCAAGAAUGAGUUCUGGAUGUCCAUGAAAGAGACGGUCGACAUCCUCAGCGGCCGGCCGAAGGUGUCGGACUGCUGCCAGGAGUGUGGAAAGCCUUUGUCAGGGGACACUUCGAAGCCUCCGACGAAGCAGGGUGGUUAA